CUUCGCCAGCCUAUCAGAGCUCAUCUGCCGCGUUUUUGUUAACAAUAAACACGAUUUGUCGACGUAGCGGCUGCAGGUCUGUUGUGCAUUCACUUGUAUUAAAUAUCAAUUUUUCUCUUUAGAAUUUUUAACUUAUUUAAAUUAACAACAAAUUAUCCGAAAAAAUCCAAAAUAAAUGCACGUGAGCGCGCGACAGCCUUUACUGCUGCAGGCGAUGCGAACGUAAACAGGGCGGCCCUCCGGGUCAGAUGUCUGAUGUGUCUCUAAUCUCUAUAAACACAACGCAGCUCUUAUAGCUACAUAUGAUCAGUUUGGUUCGCGAUGGAGGAGGGGAACAGCGGUGGCAUCAUAGACAUGGAGUUCUUGGUGCACUCGUUCGGGAUAUCGUUUAUUUUGGGUCUAUUACUGGCACUAUGGUUCAAACGACGGGAAAAAACAAAGAGCGUGUGUAUUGUCGUACUAGGGGACAUCGGCCGUAGUCCCCGGAUGCAGUACCACGCGACAUCCUUCACCAGAGAGGGCUACGCUGUCGAAAUUGUAGGUUACCCCGGUUCGCCGCCGCUCCAAGAGCUGCAAGAUCACGCGAAUGUCAAGAUUCACUAUCUACGUAAUCCGCCGAAUUUGAACAACCAGUUGACGAGAUUACUCUCGUAUGCUGUUAAAGUUGUUUGGCAAUCUUUGAAUUUAUCGUAUGUGCUGUUUUUUAAAUGUAAUUCAAGUUUUCUGUUGAUACAAAACCCUCCUGCGAUACCAACCAUUCCUGUAUGUUGGUUUUACUGCUAUGCUCGCAGAGUGGAAUUUGCAAUUGACUGGCAUAAUUAUGCGCACACUAUUAUGGCCCUCAGUCUAGGGCAAAAUCAUCGUCUUGUUAAAUUAGCCACUUUUAUUGAGUCAUUUUUUGGUGCUAAAGCUAGACACAAUUUCUGUGUAACCAAAGCGAUGCAAGAGGAUUUAGAAAAGAAAUGGAAGAUACAGGCAAAAGUAUUGUAUGAUAGACCACCUGAAGAAUUUCAUCCAAUUUCUAUAGAAGAAAAGCACGAAUUGCUGCUCAAAUUAAGUAAAGACUAUGAUAUAUUCAAAGGCACUGAAGAGAACUGUACAGCAUUUACAACCCAAUUACCAAAUGGAGAGGUUGCAUUGCGAAAUGACAGACCUGCUUUAGUAGUGUCAAGUACAAGUUGGACUGAAGAUGAAGACUUUUCUAUUUUAUUAGAUGCACUUAGUGAUUAUGAAACUGAAUGUGAAACUAGCAAAAAUAUUAAGUUUCCAGAUUUAAUAUGUGUGAUAACGGGCAAAGGCCCUUUAAAAGAUUUUUAUAAAGCUAUAAUAGAAAAAAAAAAUUGGAAACAUGUGACAAUAAUUACACCUUGGUUAGAAACUGAAGAUUAUCCAAAGUUAUUAGCAAGUGCAGAUUUAGGUGUCUGCCUGCACACAUCCUCAAGCGGUUUAGAUUUACCAAUGAAGGUUGUUGAUAUGUUUGGCUGUGGUUUGCCUGUAUGUGCAUACAAUUUUAAAUGUUUACCCGAACUUGUUAGGCAUAAUGAGAAUAGUUUAGUUUUUUCUGAUUGUGAAGCACUAACUAAGCAAUUAAAGUCAUGGUUUACCAAUUUUCCCAAUGAUGUUGGACAACAGCAAAGGAAUUCAAGGUUUAAAUAUGAAUUGACUAUGUUUCAACAACUUCGGUGGCAUGCCAAGAAAAAUGUAGUCGUCAAUGAGCGUCCGAUCAUAGGAAUCUUGAGCCAGGAGAUUAGUUACAAAUUAAAUGAAGUCUACCCAGGAAUGUAUGAUAGCUACAUCGCGGCCUCGUACGUGAAGUACAUAGAGAGUGCCGGUGCUAGAGUAGUUCCAAUCUGGAUUGGACAACCUGUUUCAUACUACAAAGAUAUUCUCGGCAAAAUCAACGGCGUUUUGUUUCCCGGAGGAUCGACGUAUUUCAAUCAAAGCAACGGCUAUGCAGAUGCGGGGGCGGUCAUAUACAAGAUUGCGAAAAAAUUCAACAAGCAAGGUGACUUCUUUCCUAUAUGGGGCACGUGUCUCGGAUUCGAAUUAUUGACAUACGUUGCGGCUAAUAAAUUCGAGCACAGGUCCGACUGUUCCAGCCAUAAUCAAGCUCUUCCUCUUGAAUUCACUUCAGAUUUCAGAGACAGUAGACUAUUCGGGAAAGCUCCGUCAGACGUGAUUCAAAUUUUGCGAAGUGAGAAUGUUACCGGUAACUAUCACAGAUACUGCGUCACCCAAGAGGGUCUCGCCAAGGCAAAUUUGACUAACAAGUUCCGAGUCAUGUCCGUCAAUCAUGACUGGAACGGUCAAGAAUUCAUAUCAACCCUGGAGCACGUCAGUAUGCCUUUCUACGGAGUCCAGUUCCACCCUGAAAAGAACGCCUAUGAAUGGGUCAAAGGAAAAAACAUACCUCACAGUUUCAAUGCUGUGAGAACCAAUCAGUAUUUCGCCGAUUUCUUCGUCAACGAAGCACGAAAAAAUCAUCACGCUUUCCCGAGUGCAGGAGAAGAAAACGCAGCUUUGAUUUACAACUAUCCCGCCACAUUUACGGGAAUGAAAGGCUCGUCCUACCUACAGUGCUACAUGUUCAAAGUAAAUGCCUGACUCAGAUUGGAUAAUUUUGGAGUUUGCGCGAAAACGGAGAUUUUUUCAAAUCUGUGAUCAUUUUAAGAUAUUUUUUAUAUUCUAUUUUUUUAUAGAAAUUUAGAUAGAAAAUUGACAUUGGUACAAAUUUGACUCCGAUAUCAAACAUUUGCGAUAUCAUGUUACAUUCUUACAAUUAGUAGAUAAACAUUACAAAUUUACACAUGA